AGGCAUCGCUAAUUAUAACAACUAUCAUCCCCUUGGCGUUUUCUUUCUUUUUUUUCUUUUUUUGGGUGUAAUCAGGCGAAAACAGAUCCGCUAUGAAUUUAUGACGGUAUAAAGGCUGAUGUUACAGAUUUAAUUUGUUUUAUGACCCAAUUUUUAUAUUUUGACAAUAUUCGAUUGUUAACAUAUCUAUAGAUGCAUUUUAUCCACGCAGUCCCGGUAUAUAUAAAAUUAAUCUAGGUCAAUAUCAGUAUCAAAAUCAUGAUGCUGUGUGCCAGUAAUCUCCACCCAUUUCCUGAGGUGUGAAGGAUGUCGGCGAAACGCACUGAGAGCGUUCUGUAGCCCACCGCACCCACCACCACAGCAGCGGCGUUCCUGACUGAUUUCUGCUCACAUCGACUCCUGCUUCAUCUACAGUCUUUCGGGGAAUCGGCACGUAAGCACGGACCGGUCGAUGGAAAAAGCGAGAAGAUGAUACUGUGAAGAGGGUGGACAUGGAAACCCGACGCUGAGUUCCUUUAAUUGUGACCAUAAGACACCAUGGCCAAACAGUAUGAUGUGCUGUUUAGACUCCUGCUUCUCGGAGACUCCGGGGUCGGCAAAACCUGUUUAUUAUGCAGAUUCACGGACAAUGAAUUUCAUCCCUCUCACAUUUCCACCAUCGGUGUCGAUUUCAAAAUGAAGACUUUGGAGAUAGAUGGCAUUAAAGUACGAAUACAGAUAUGGGACACAGCAGGUCAGGAGAGAUAUCAGACCAUCACUAAGCAGUACUACAGAAGAGCACAGGGCAUUUUUCUAGUUUAUGACAUCACAAGCGAGCGCUCGUUCCAGCACAUCAUGAAGUGGGCCAGUGAUGUAGAUGAGUAUGCCCCUGAGAAAGUGCAGAAGAUACUUGUUGGGAACAAGUCUGAUGAAGAACAGAAGAGACAAGUAGCUACAGAACAGGGAAAUAAGCUUGCCAAGGCUUAUGGAAUGGACUUUUUUGAGACAAGUGCCUUUACCAACCACAACAUUACCGAGUCUUUCACCCGAUUGGCUGAAUUAGUCUUACAAGCCAAUAAGAAGGAUCUUGAUUUGUUGGGAGGAUCCAUGAAUGAUGAGUUCAAUCUCGCUGUUUUGGAGGAGCAGGAAGGACUGUGUAAUGUUAGCGACGACACCCGUAAGUCCUGCUGGUGCUGAGGACAGGCAGUGACAUGACUACUUUUUCAGUUGAUUUCCAUAUUUAUGUUGCAUUUACAUUUUGAAUAUCAUUUUGCAAAAUUGACAGUUAUUGUUAAACAGUGUUUGGUGCCUUUAAUGGCUUAUUUCCUGCUGAUUCUUAUGAAUAUUGUUUCUUUUUCAUUAUUUGUUUUAUAGUUACUAUAAAUUAAGUUGGAACAUUAAAGGAUAUUGUAUAUGUAUACGAAAAACAAGAUCAAAAGGCCACUGCAGUGCAGUUGUACAUUAUUUAGUUACGCUCAUUCAAGCCACACAUUCAGAGUCAGUCACACGUUAUAUUAAAUUACACUUCAAUCAACUUGUUUUUUAAGGCAGCAUUGACAAAAUGGUUUAUUCAAAGGAAUAUUUCAAUCAAAAAUGAAAAUGUCCUGAAUAUUUACACACCCUCAGGCUAUCCAAUAUGUAGAUGAGUUUGUUUCUUCAUCAUAACAGGAGAAAUUUAGCAUUACUUUUAGCAUCACUUGCUCACCAAUGGAUCCUCUGCAGUGAAUGGGUGCCGUCAGAAUGAAAGUUCCAUAAUCCAUACUGAAAGUCCAUCAUCUAUUGUCUUUUCACAACAAAAUACACUAACACAUUUGUUUUUCUCUUGUAAACAGUGCUUGAUCUGAUUCUCUCUUGAUUUAGAGAAAGCAGUGUCUUAAUGAUGAUUUGUUUGUAAUAAACACAGCUUUCCACUUUACACGAUGUUAAUUGGUGGACUAGAGUCAUGUGGAUUAUGAUGAUGUUUUUAAUCAGCUAUUUAAACACUCAUUCUGACGGCACCCAUUCAAGUGAUGUACUGCUAAAUUUCUCCAACUCUAUUCCGAUUCAAAAACAAACUUGUCUACAUCUUGAAAGACAUGAGGGUGAAUAAAUGUUAAGCAAAUUGUCAUUUUUGGGUGAACUGUUCCUGGUUGUAUGGCUGGAGCGCCCAUGUUAACAUAUUCUUUCUUGUGUUUUGCUAUGGGACUUCAUGUGAAUAUUAUUCAGACCUGAUUUGGCUUUCUAUAAAAUUCUUGAAUUCUAAAACCUUGAAUGCACCUACUUGACCAAUUAAUGCCCUUUCAAGGUAAUAAAUGUAUUCCUGAGUGAUGAAUUGAUGAAGCUUCACACGCCACUGUAACAAUCUAAGCUUCUUUUCUGUAAAAGCACUGUAAAAAAUACUGUCACUAAACACGCUGCUUACCAGUUCUGGUCCACUGUGAUUGUAAAUGAAUGCAAUGAUUUUUAUCUCAUUAAUCUGAGGUUACUCACUAAUUUACUCAAAUAGUAUCAUUUAAUGUGGUAUUUUAUACCAAUAUUACGUCAAGCUGUCUUUUUCCAUCAACGAUCACUGUUUAGCUGAUUAGAAUAGUUGGAAUGUUUCAACUUUUACUCUAUAAAUGAUUCUGGAAUUGAUGUGGUUUAAUUUCAUCACAGCACACCGAAUAAUGUUUUUCUCUUGCUUAAAUCAACAUCUUACCCAUACAAACUUGAGUGAAAUGUAUGCAGACCGAACCGUUGUGAUGCCCAACAGUGAUGGUGGUGUGCAUCGCUGCAAUGACAUGGGUUGUAUUGCUAAAGAUUCAAUGUAUAUUACACUAUUGCAGCAUUUAUAUGUGCAAGUGGUAUUGUACUAUGUUGAUUUAAAUGAACUCUUGAAUAAUACUGAUAUGUUUACUUGUUGUUUCAUGAAAUAUGUCCAUGAAAAAAAUCUGAGAAAUUUAAAUGCGUAUGUGGUUAUUUAUAUAUAAACUGUUAUAUUGUGAUUCUGUUUAGGGGGUCGAAUAGUUAUGAAUAAACAUCUAAUUAUGAAAAGGGUUUUUUAUUAUUAUAAUGAGGAAUUUGGAGAUACAAUUCUUUGUAAGUGCAACACCACAAGUCAACACUAGGAGGCAGUUUUGCAAAGCUGAAAUGUAUUUAUGCAAAAUAAAACCCUGG